CAAACUUACGCAACUUCAUCCGAUUUGAUGACAUGUUAGCAUGUAGCUACGCUAGCCUAGCUGGUUGACAUUAUUAUGAUGACAGCGGGAGGAUAGCAAUCAAUUAAUCUAUCACAUCGUUCCACUCACGGGUUUUUUUAAUAUAAAAAGAAACAAGAACAGCGAUGGAUGCGGUGAACGCUUUCAACAUGGAGUUAUUCUCCAUGAUUGAGAUGAAGCCUCCGAUAUCCCGCGCCAAGAUGAUGUCAGUCACAAAGUCAGCAAUCAAAGCAAUUAAGCUUUACAAACACGUUGUCCAGAUAGUUGAGAAGUUCAUCAAAAAGUGCAAGCCAGAUCUGAAAGUCCCCGGUUUGUACGUGGUGGACUCCAUUAUCCGACAGUCGCGCCAUCAGUUUGGGGUGGAGAAGGAUGUGUUUGCACCAAGAUUCCUGAAGAACUUCACAGAUACCUUCAAUAAUCUCUACCUCUGCUCUGAAGAUGAUAAGUGUAAGAUACUGCGUGUGCUGAACCUGUGGCAGAAGAAUGGAGUGUUUGACAUGGACAUCAUCCAGCCCUUGUUGGACAUGGCCCAUGGCUCUCUAGCACCAGCUCAUUCAACUCAUCCAGCUCAUUCAGGCGCAGGUCCAACCGUCUUCCAGCCAGAGCCCCAGCCUCCGGUCUCCGGCUCCCCAGCCGUAGCCGCUGUCUCCCAGCUGCCCAACUCCCAUGCCCUGGCCGCUGUGGCCCAUCUCUUCCAGACCUCCGGGGGACAGGAGCUUCAGAAGAUGCUCCAGAACCUCCAGCAGGGGGAGAACACACAGGCGGCCAUGAUGUCCAACACCACGGUCCCAGAACAGCUGCACUCGCCCUCAUCCCAGCACCAUGCGCCCGCAUCGCAGCCCAACCCCUACGGCGCCUUCAACGAACAGAAGAGCAGCUUGGCCAAGAAACUUCUCGAUAGGUUUGAUUACGACGACGAGCCGGAGGACGGGAGGAAUAAGGAGAGUCAUUCUCUAAGGCCUCCUGGGAACUCAUUCAGCCAGUUUCCUGGUCAGGCGACCAACGUGGAGUCCAGCUUCCAUCCACAGAGGAUGGGAGGAAUGAAUGAUCACGAGCACGGCGGUCUGGAUCAUAGCGCCAUGAUGCAAGACUGUUAUCCUCCCAUGAACGACUCACACGCACGGGGGGGCUCCAGAGAGGACACCUCGUCCCGGAGAGAAGGCAGACAGAAGGGCUUCGGGAGGAGGUCACGAUCUGGCUCCAGGUCUCCCAGGAGGAGGAGGUCGAGGUCCACAUCCCGGACAAGGAGGUCUCGUAACCGGCCGUCCGGCUCGCAGUCCAGAGACAAACGCUGGAAGUCUCGGUCCUGCUCUGAGGACCGAACGGAGAGGGAGCGAGACAGAGAGCGCAGACAGAAAGGCCUGCCCAACAUCAAGGGCCAGACUCUCAGCGUUUGCAGCACCACAUUGUGGGUGGGACAGCUGGACAAACGGACGCAGCAGUCUGAUGUCAUGUCCCUGCUGGAGGAGUUUGGCCAGAUCGACUCUGUCAACAUGAUACCACCGAGGGGCUGUGCCUACAUCGUGAUGGUCCACCGUCAGGACGCCAACACCGCCCUGCACAAGCUCAGCAGCGGCCUCUUCAAGGUCAACCAGAAGCCCAUUAAGAUCGCCUGGGCGCUGAAUAAAGGGAUCAAGUCGACCCAUAAGAAGUUCUGGGACGUGGAGCGGGGGGUGACCUACAUCCCCUGGAACAAGGUGAAGGUGGACGAGCUGGAGAGCUUCAGAGAGGGGGGAAUGCUGGACAUGGACUCCAUCAACCCAGACUGGGGGGAUGUGGUCCAGGACCUGAAGCCAGCGGCGCUGAACGGAGGGCCAGAGGCAGAGCAGGUAGCGGGGACCGGCGGGGCUCCACUCCAGGUCCCACUCCUAGCCCAGCAACACGCAACAGCCAUGGGGGGCCCACCUGGGUUCCCUGCCGGCAUGCUGUCUCCAGGUGGGGCCCCCCCCUACCUCUCCUCGAGGUUCGACCCCUCUAAGCUACAAGAAGGUUUCUCGCCGCCCGCCGCUCGGAGAGGGAAGCCCUCCGACGACUCGUCCAGCGACGCCAAACCGUCCGACGCCAUGUCCCCCGACUCCGGGGCCGACAGCCGGCUGGGCUCCCCGGGGCCCCAGUCCAUGUCCGUGCCCCCGGGCCACAGGCCGGGCAUGCCCCCCCACAUGCACAGCCCCCCGCCGGGCAUGGGCAACCCCCACAUGCCCCCCUUCCUCCCGGGGCCCAACAUGGGCCACGUGCCCCCGCAGAUGAUGUACCCGCCGGACCGCUACCACAUGCACAUGCCGUUCCCCCCUCGGGGGCCCCCCUUCCCCCCCCGUGGGCACCCCAUGGGGCCCGACCGAGGGGGGCCCUUUCGGAACGGAGGGCCCCCAGGGUUCGGGGGCCCUCCGUUUCUCCGGGGGCGCUGGUGAGGGGUGGAGUUAACAGGGGGGGGGGGGGGGUCGGUUAACCACUGUGACCAGUAGUGACAAUCCGGGGGGAACAACAACACACACACAGACGGGACACACAAGGACCGCGGUGUGUUUAAGACGACAAGAGGACCUUCUCUCAGCCAAAGACACACUCUUUUGUUUUGUGAUUGUUUUCAGGGGUUUUUUCCAACGGCCGAAAGGUUUUUAGUAGCGACGUUGGCUCCCAUUGCAUCAGAGUGACUGUGGAUGUAAAUAGUGUACGUGUGUGUAGCCGGUCUUAUCGGUUUGUAUAUUUGAGAUUAUGUUUAUAUACCGUAGGGAUCCAAUUUGUCUGGUCAGGAGAAGGAAAUUCAAGAAGAAAUGUGUAUUUUUGUCAUUGUUCAUUAAAUAAGAACGUAUGUAGGGGAAAUAAUGGUGCACAUUUAUUAUUUAAUUCAUUUUGGUUAUUCCAAUCUGUUUUAGUGAAGAACAAAUAUGGUCAUCUUCAACUGAUUUCUCAUCCCGCCACUAGAGGGCAGAAUAGCCCCGCUGUGAACGUGGAAACCAAGCUGAGGUUUUGAACUUCUGAAGUGAAGGACAAAAGGGGAAUGUUGAGUUAAAAAAGAAAACAAUGGAGGAUAAUGCUUAACAUCGCCCUAACAUUUCUUAAAAUAUUUUUUUUUGGGUGGGUGACUAAAUAACGAUGUUCUUUUUCUUUUACUCCCAUUUAGAAGUAUGGUAAUCUGUGCUCACAUUGAUUAAAACCAUUAUUUACUAA